UUUGCAAUAACUUUACCUGCAGUAGUAUCGGAGUAAAGGCUUCAGUUUGGCAAAUCUAUUUUAAUUUUUUUCUUUGCACAUUUAAGCACUACCCUAGUAUAUAGUAGAUGCUCACAUUUGAAUAUACAAAAGUGCGGAACUGCAAAAAAUCCGGGUUGAAUUUUUAUUGUAAUUGUAAGUAUUAAUAAAUAAAAGUAGCAAUUCAAAAUGAGGGAAUUCCCUUAACCAAAGGUAGUCCGGUGUAAGUUACAUAUGUAGUUAUUUGAAGGCUUUCAACCAAUUUAUCUGCUUUGUUUGCACUACCAAAUUGAUUUGUCCGGCAUAAUCGGCGCAUAAAAAUAUCUUACUAGAUAUGGCAUACAUAAAUAGAUUACAUAUUUACAUACAUAUUAAUUCCUCUUUCCUUAUUCGGUGUUGGUUCAAGUUCAAGUUUUCAAUAAAUUGUUACGCACAUACCUACAUAAAUCCAUAUGAACUUUAUUUUAUGUGUUCGCAUUAAAUGCAGAUCUGGUUUUCACGUAAUCGAAAAAAGUUCGAAAUCUAAACUAUGAUUCGAACUGAACGAAUAACUGCAGCAUUUAUUAAACUUUGUGUUUUUCUCUCAUCAAAGUGAUCGCGUGAUGAGUUUUGAGUAAACUUUUCUGUAAAUUGGAUAACUGAAUUAUUGGUAGUGCUCAAUAUAUGUUGAAAACGUAGGCGUUGAUGGUUUGCUAGUGAAUUUUUGUUUGUUCACUGGUUGUCGGUGAACAUCGGUCAAUGACGCAUAAGUUCAGAUUAAAUGAGCCAUUAAUUUAACAGCUAGAGCAAGAUAAACAAUUUUUUAAAAUAAAUUCAUUUCAUGUAGAUAAUUUUCGGAUAUGUUUAUAAUAUUUUAGCCCAAACUUCCUGAUGGAUGUUGUCACUCCUUCAUCACCUUUACAGGAAUAUAUUUAACUCGCACUUUUAUUCUUUGUUGAAUAAUCUUCAGCUUUUAGUUUUAUUUUUUGUAUUCCUUCGGAUGACAGAUAUUUUCUUUAAGUACCUCGAUACUCAGCAAUUAAUCUGUAAUCUGGCAAGAAGUUGCAACGAACUCGAAUCAUUUGCUUAUAUCACUCACUCAACUUUUAGGCGCAUGAUGUCUCCAGCUUCAGGUUUAGAGAAGUGCGAACCUACAGAGGUUUUGGCAUGAGAACCACACCAGAUAGUAAGAUGUGACAGUUUACUUUACAACUUUUUUUGAUUCUGUUGGAAAAAUAUGCUAUCUAUAUGGCAAUGGAUCACUGCUGCUCCAAUAAUAACUUUUCUCUCACACUACUCUAAAGUAAUCCUUUAACAUACAUUUAAAAAUGUUUUUCAAUUCGUAGAUCUAUGAGACGAAAAGUCAUACGUCAUACGUAAUACUACAAAAUUGAGUCUUUAAAAUCGCCAGAGUUCACUCACUAGUUUAAAAAAUUUUAGCCUGAAUAGUGAUUAUUGUAAGUUUGCAACGAAGGGUUUAGCACAAAGAAGGAAACCCUAUAAUGUAUGUACAUAUAUAUGAUCAGCGAUGUGAGCUGAGGCGAUUCAGCCAGGUUCCUUCGUCUAGUCACUUAGUUUGUGAGUUAUCGUUCAGAUAUUUUGCGCAGGUUCUUUCCUCUCCAAGAAGCAGUUAAUUUGUUGGAACCGCCGACAGCCGAAGUUAAAGUUUUUUGUCUUCCUUGAGUUCAUUUAUUUUUUAUACAAAUAUUUAAUUAUUUAAUUUUAAGGAAUAGCAAGAAUAUUAAGAGCGCAGUGAUUCUACAGGCAACCACUUAUCAGUUAUACUUACUAUACAUAUCUUUAGCACUUUUCAUAUUUAUAAAUUGUCAGUUCACAAGUAAAUGAGUUGAUCAUUUAAAGCAACAACAACAGUAAAGAGGAAUCAACAUUAAUAACAGCAAACAGCGAAUACAUUACUGUAGUUGACAACAAAAACCGAUAUUUUCAUUGUAAGCUACAGAUGUUGGGAAAUACUUCAUGUCAUAACUUAUUUUCAUCACUGAAAGUAAAUUGAAAUCAACGUCAGAUUAGCAGUGGGAGACAGACGUGUAUAACUUCAACAUACAUACAUACAAACAAAUAUUAUAUACAUAGAUACGUAUUACAAAAGAAGACAAGCAACAUUUGUUCGUAUACUAUAUAGAUUAUAAUUGAAUGCAGAUUCUAGACAAGUUUGAACACAAACAUUUUAAAACAGCAUGAAGGGUUGGUUUGAUGCUUUUCGUGACGACGGUGGACCCACACUAUACUCAUUUCCUAAUCGUACACCGGUGACAGGCGAUGUCUCCAUUGUUGCCGUCUCUGUUUUAUUUGCAACAUUUUACGUUGCUUUUCUAGUGAUAUUUCCCGGUGUGAGGAAACAGAAAUUCACCACAUUUUCGACAGUCACUCUCAGCUUGUUCGUGGGCUUAGUCAUACUAAUUACUCGACUGGGCUCCGCUUGGCAUGUGGCGCACACAACCAUCAUAGCGCCGUACAAGGCGUUCUCGCGUGAGAAGAUGCCGUCGCGGAUAGGCACGCAUAUCGGCCUUAUGCACGUCAAUGUGACGUUGACAGCCAUAGCGGUUGGCAAUUGGACAGCACCGGAUGUGGACUACAAUGAACGCUUCGGAUGGGAGGGUGCCAACGAUAUGAGUGCCAAUUAUCGCGAUGCGUUGAGACGUGGCCUUCCAUUUCCAAUACUGACUGUGGCGGAAUAUUUCAGUCAGGGCCGCGAGGGUUUUUGCUGGGGUGGCCAAUAUCGCGCUGCCGGCUACUUUGCCAGCAUAAUGCUGUGGGCAUCGUUAGCCUCAUGGCUGCUCAUGAAUCUGCUGCUUAUCGCUGUGCCACGUUACGGUGCUUACAUGAAGGCGCUAACGGGCGCAUUGCUCAUUGGCACCAAUAUUGGCUAUUAUUGCAUGCUGCCAAAGCGUCCGUUGAUCAUCUAUUUGGAAGGUGGCCGCUUGGAGUUCAAGCUCGGCUGGUGUUAUUGGCUUUUGCUGGUUGCCGGUAUCCUUUGCUUCAUUUGUGGUGUUUUAAUAUCCAUAAUUGACUUAGUGUGGCCGCACACUUUCUCCACUGUGCUCGAAGUGUAUUACGGUACACCCUACGAUAGACAUGUUAUCCUGGAGGAAUCGAGUGAUGUGCGUUAUCGCAAACGUGGUACCGCUGGCGGUGGUGCCGGUGGUUUAGAGGAUCAACGAGGAUUGGGUUCGCGUAUUUUGCGUCGUCUCUCGUCGAAGGCACGAGAUCAUGGUAAUGCUGCUGCUUAUUAUGGUGGUAAUGCCGGUGUUGCUGGCGUUUCUAGUGCGUCGGGUGUCAGUGCUGGUGCAUCGGGUGCUAUGGUGCCGGGUGUUAUUGAAAAUAAAAGCUUCCAACCGGACGUGCCGAAAAGUCCAUGGCGUUAUCCAUUCAGACGUGCACAGCAAAUACAAGCGGCGCGUCCAAAUGCGCGUCUACAACGCACCAUUUCACAGGAGUCGGGCUCCAGUAUAGCAUCAGCGGCCAUACACAUUUCGCCAUUACAUAAGCACGCGCUGGCGCGUAUGCUGCCUAACCCACCCAUGAAUCGCAUUCGAGAUGUGGAACACUGGUGACCUCAACAAUCUUAAUGCCUGAGACAAACUUCUUUUUGGAUAAUAUUGCUAAACAAAGGCAGAUAUUUAUUUUAUAAGUAAAAUUAAAUUGGGCGUAACUUCUACUUCGGAAUUAAAGUUAUGUAACUGAAAACAAAUAUUGUGAUACAAAAACGAAAAAUAAGAAACUAUUUAGAACUACAAUGGACAUAUACAUAUUAUAUAUAGGAAAGAUAAACUAGGACUUAAGCAAUCGCAUGCCAAUACAUAUACAAUUAUGAUUUUAAAAGAAUGACACAAUUUCCAAUAAGUUUAAAUGACAGCGCAGACAACGACACAACGGUUAUAUUUCAGCACAAUAUUUAAGUGAAAAUCUAUUUUUUUGAAUUAUUUUUAAAUCCAUACAAAUACAAAAAUUGGCUUUUGCAGGUUUCAUAGUUAUUUUCGUAGGCGUUUAUUAUAAAAUAACGUUUAAGUUAGUCUUAAGUUAACCAAAUUAUUUAUUGAGUAUUAAAAAGUAUAACAAAAAUUAAAAAAUUAAAUGAGAUAAUUUUUAGUGCGUAGAAUUUGUAAAAUAUUUAAAUAAAUUUUGCAUGUCAUACUAAUUUAUUUUGGACUUAAGACCCUUGAAUUAGGCCCUAAACUGUCUAUUACUGUGUUUAAUAAACGUAACUGUUGUCAUAAAAAAAUAUGUUAAAGAGUAAUGUGGAGAUAUGAGAGUGUUAAGAGCUUGCAGUAAUGUAAUAAGAUAUCAAAUAACCCUGUACUAAUUUAAGCUGAAAACAAUAAAUCUGUAAAAAUAUAUUUGUAGCAUAGGACCCUUUUCGAACGCGAAAAUAUUUUAUAAAUUAAGAAGUUAUAAAAAAUAAAUUAAUAUAAUGCCAUAUAGUAUA